AUGUCAGUGCCUGCUGAGUGGCAAUAUUUAAUGAUGGGGGUGCGCAGAGGAGAUAGAUACAACCAGGCUCUAGACUGCCUGUCCACACUAUGUAGUAUGGAAAUGCCAUUUACUCUCCUGAAAGUGCGUGCCAAGUGCCUGGUCCAGGCCAGUCCUGAUAUGGUUGGCAUUUCCACCUCCUCUCAGCAGAAGAGGAAAGUUGCUGCAGAGGACAGACCUUCUUAUCCUUCCACAGCCUCAUCCCUGGGUCUUUCUGGGCCUCCUUGCUGCAGAGCCCAGCUGGUUACAGUUAAUUCCCUCUGGGAGAGAAUAUUGGUUGGAAUUACCUGUUGUGUAGUGACCGUGAUCCUUUGGGUGCUGUGUAUUUGGCAGCUUGUCCUCAGGUUUAAAACAGAUUGUACAGAACCCAUGGUACCUCCAUGCUUCUACCUCAAGGGCAGUGUCUGCCGGGAUGGAGUCUGUGUGUGCCCAGAGGAGUGGGUGGGGUCUCUUUGUGAGAUAGUUAAUUUCUGUAAAGCCAGUACUUCCACAGCAAACAUUUCUGAAAGCAUUACAAAAAACCUUACUUUUGAACAGAUUACAAUGGGGAAAUAUGACAACUCUAAAGAAAAAUGCAAACUUGAUACUGUAAAUGGUAACACUUCAAGAGUAAUCCAGAUGAAUUCCAGAGAAGGGAGAACUCCUACUUCAGAACCUCCGAGAAUUCUGAACUGCAAUGGAGAUCUGGACUUCCUAGCACCACAGGACACAGCCUUCACUAAGUGGUUCAAACGUCAAAUCAUCUCUAAAGUAAUAGUAAAGAUAAAGCACAAGGUUGCACCACAAGGCUAUUCUGCUGCCAUCAGUAAUUCGGAGUUUUGUUACACGUUGCGGUGUGGUGCUGCCAUCUAUCCAUCCGAACUGCAGCUGCAUGAUCAUGCCGUCUUUUCGUAUUAUACUAUCAGUGACUAAAGCACCAUUGGCUGUGCAAAAGGAAAAGACAAGUUCUUGACAUGCAGGUGUAAUCGCACUAGUGAUUUUUCUCUCCUGAUGGUAGGACAUUAUCAAUAUAAAUAUGUGAAGCCUUUGGAGUGUAUUUCUUACAUUGGCGUUGGAUUGUCUAUGGCUGGUCUGGUGAUUACCAUUUUGUUUCAAAUAUUCACUAAUUUUACUGUGAGCGACCUAAUUCAAAUACAGGUUCAGCAAACUUCCUGGAUGGAUGUACCUGUGAUUAAUGUGUCACGUGAUCCCCCUUUGAACAAGGAGCGGAGUCAUGCCAAUGGAGUUGUAGUUAUCGAAAACUCAAAAGUAAUGUCUAACAGGAUGUUAGUACAUCUCUGCUUCUUUAUACUCACUUUUAACAUUAUCUUCAUCUCUGGAAUUGAAAACUAGAAUGCCAGGAAUGACAGCAGCAAUACCAUCAACUAUAACCAGCAAUACUUUCCUUAUGAUAGAAUCCGCAACACCUUACUCACAUCUGACGUAGGUCCUCCCACAGACUCCUGGUGCAUGACCAUGGCUGUCCUACUGCACUACUAUUUGUUGGCAACGUUUACGUGGACAGCACUCAGUUUGGCACAGUUGUACUUACUCCUGGUUAGAGCCAUGAAGACCCUGUCUGGACACCUCCUCAUAGCCAUGUCAGUAAUCAGAUGGAGUAAGAUUUAA